GAAUACACGCGCUGUGUAACGGUCGGGGGUAGUGGGUUUAUUCCCUUUGUUUGUCCCUCAAAUUUUGGAGCAGCCAGUCGGUAAACAUGAGUGCGAAAUAAUUGCGUGGGAAAACUCUUUAUCGAGAUGGAUAUAAGCAAGUCUUCAGAUAGGGACAGUGACGACACGCCAGUGGAAUACACCUCAUAUGCACAAGCGUCUGUCAACCCGAAUCUCGAACCAGCAAAUUACGAUUUAGUGGAAAAUUCACCAAGGAGUCCGUAUAACCCAGGACAGUCGAAACCCGAGGGUUGUGUUACUAUGGCCGCUGGGUCGGUCGUUACUAUGGAUACGGAAUCUUCGGAUACUACUAGUGAAAGUGAUGUGUUUUUGGAUAAAAAUGAGAAUAUGUAUGAUACAAGUAGUAACUCAGAGUCGGAUGACACGCAGAUAUGGGUUCCUUCUGGUGGAAGGAGACAUGCCGGUUCUAUAGACAGUAGAAGUAACUUAAGCACCCUAAGUAACCAUGGGUCCGCCGAUCCGAGUACUCCAAGGGGAGAUAAUGCAAAUAGUCCUGUAUCGCCACCUCGUGGACGAUUUACGGCAUCAUUGUUACGGAACGGUGGCAUGUCAACGAGUUUGACAGAAGAGUCACGGUCUGCCACCCCAGCAAUGACAAGCAGUAGAGACUAUACGCAAUAUUCGGACAGCAGUCCGUAUCUCCCGUCAGCUGUCAGCCCGUUACGCCGAGUUCAAGUUUCCCGAGAGGACAGAGCUGAAAGAGUUGUAACAAUGGACAGUGAAGUAACAAGUUUACCUAAUGGUGAUUCAGGUAUUGGAAAUGAAGACAAUUCUCCUAACAACGAUGACGUAUUUCUAUCUGAUUCUCCGCCACCUUCUCUAUCCAAUAAAAGACGUUCUGACGUCAGUAGGAUUUCCUACAAUCUUAUCUACAAUCAACCAGUCGUGGACAGUUUAUUUGUAAAUUUAAGUGCUUUAUACGCCAUGUUGGUAGUUGUAUUAGGAACAGUUUUACCUUUAGCUGAGAAUUUUACACCUUUACAAAGACCGUAUUUAUUUCAGGGUUUUUACAUUUAUUUAUAUGGCGUCGGUGUGUUGUUUCUGAUCUUCCUCUAUAUUUUUGUACUCAAGACAACUGGUUGUUGUUCUUGUUGUAAAAAAUCAUCCAAUCAGAAGGACAAGAUUCUUACACCUUUGCAGAAACCAACCAAUCACCAUAAAUUUACUUAUGACGAUUCGCCAAAUGCACAUACGGGUAGUUUCUACCUUAGAUUAGGCGCUGUAGCAUUUGGUAUUGGUAGUAUGAUAAAAAGUGGCUUACAGUUUGGUAUAUUUUUUGAAACUGGUCCUCUAUCUGGUUGUUUACAUGUAACCUAUGGCUUGAGACAUCUCUUACAUUUGUUCUUCACCUUCUCACAACUUUACUUUGUCUUCUUAAACUCUAAGAUCUGUGUACAGCGGUUUAAGUUGAUAACAAGAUUUGGAUUGAUGCACAUGGUAGCUGUUAAUAUCUGUGUGUGGGCAGAAAACAUCGUACACGAAACUCUCAUCAAAUUUAAAGAAUCGUCUGCACAGUCCAACCACACGUUUGCCCAUCAUUUAGAUGAUAUGUUAGAUUGUAAUGAUGAGAGUAUAAUGAAUAGUGUAGUAGAAUCAUCAGGACCCUAUCUUUAUCCAUGUAGUAUAGAAUACAGUCUUAUCUGUGCAAGUAUUGUUUAUGUCAUGUGGUCAAAUAUCGGUAGAAUUGGUAUAUCCAGAAAUCAUGAUGGUAAACAGUGGUCAGCCAAAGCCAAGGCCAACAGAUUGAACGUGGACUGUUCGAGUUCAAGUCGUGGACUAUUCCUAGGAAUAAUCUUAGUUGUUGCAGUGGUCAUCACGAUCAUCGCGUUCUUCGUCAUGAUAAAAAUCAAAUCACGUAGUGGUGACGCUAUCAUGGUGGAACACCUCUCAGAAAUUAUCUGUUAUGUCAUGACGGCGGUGGCGGUGAUCCUAGCUUUUUAUAAAGUGCAGCCACUCGGUUAUCGCAAACACCAAUCAAUGGACUUGGAACAGAUCCUUCUGAUCAUUGGUCUCUUCGGCAUCUACCUCUUCUCCUUACUCAGUAUUAUCGCCGCGUCUUUCUCGCAAUCAAUGAUUCAGAGCCUGUUGAUCAUGAUAUCCGGUGUGUUGCGAAUGUUUCAAGCUACUCUUCAGACUGUAUUCAUUAUGAACACUAUCAGACGUUUUGCCGGGUCGAAAGAACACGAACAAGAAAAACCGGGUCGUGAAUUGGUGACCUUUCUACUUGUGGCGAACAUUGCUCUGUGGGGCAUGAACACGUUCGAGGUACAGCAGACUGAAGCCAACCCGAUACAAAUGGAUUUUUACGGUUUGUUAGCCUGGAGUAUUUUUACACACAUUUCUAGUCCAUUAUCUAUCUUCUACCGAUUUCAUUCGACUGUUUGUUUAUCAAAUAUCUGGAAACAUGCCUGGAAGCGUCGAGUGGCCAGAUUAUAAAAACAAUGAACCACUUCACUGCUGUUAAACUUGACACCAUAACUUUAAUAACCAACCUUGUUACCAAACCUUCACCAGUAUCGUCGCCAGCCGUGUUUCAUUUAAAACACAAAGGUCGUUUUGUGGACUGCUGUUAAACUUGGCACCAUAACUAUAAUAACCAGCCUCGUAAUGUAGUUACCAAACCUUCACGAUCAUCGUCGCCAGCCAUGUUUCAUUUAAAAGCACAACGAUCGUUCUGUGGACUGCUGUUAAACUUGACACCAUAACUAUAAUAAUCAGCCUCGUAAUGUAGUUACCAAACCUUCACGAUCAUCGUCGCCAGCCAUGUUUCAUUUAAAAGCACAACGAUCGUUCUGUGGACUGCUGUUAAACUUGACACCAUAACUAUAAUAAUCAGCCUCGUAAUGUUGUAACCAAACCUUCACGAUCAUCGUCGCCAGCCAUGUUUCAUUAAAAGCACCACAAUCGCGCUAGGGACUACUGUUACACUUAACUCCUAGAUCCAUAUUAUUAUGGAUUUCUGUAUCAACUUUAUUUUUUUUAUUUUAGUAGCCACAAUGCUAGAAUAAAAGUAUAUGAAUCAAUUUGUUACAAGAUUUCUUUGUGGAUAAUUUAUGUUAUUCAUUGGCACCAAGUGCAUCAUUGCACGCUUUGUUAAGGAUUAAGCUGUUCCAGUGGCAUUUAGUUGUUUCAGUAACAUUUACUCAUUUCAAUGGCAUUUAGUUAUUGAGCCUUAAAGAUGGAUUAUGUAAGGCUGAGAUAAAGAGCUGAGUGUUCUCGCUAUAAUAGUUAAUAAAAGAUAAUGAAAAGGGAAUAUGAUAAACAUUUUAGUCAAAUUACUUCAUUCUGAAAGGAGUUAUUGCCGUUUGAAGAACAGUGUAAUCUCGAUUGCCAUUGCUACCGUUGUUACAACAAUAGAAAUGAAUUGAAAUGGGGUUUAACGUCCUACUUGUUACAACAAUAAAGAAAGAAUCGACUAUCCAAAUUUAAAUUAAAUUAUUAACUGGCAAUCGUGUAUAAAUUCGUUAAAAAUCAAUACCAUCCGAAGACCUAGAGAGUUGAUUAUGGGCUUGGCAUGUGAAUAAAUGUCUAAUUAUUUAUAUAACAAUGUAGACCAAACGAAAGAUCUGCAUUACGUAGAUUUAGCUCUUUCAUACAGCAUUUUUAAAUAUACAUGACAUAAUUCUGUGGUAUACAAUUACUGAUUAUUAUUGAGGGGCAUUUGGAUUAGAAUCACAGGAGAAAUGUCGCAUGGUAAUAAUAAACCAUUGUUUAUGAUAACAAUUACUAAUGGACAAUAACAAUUAUUAAUAGACAAUAACAAAUAGUAAUGGAGAAUAACAAGUUAAUAUGUAGCUAUUGUGUUUAUAUAGGAAUGGAAAAUAUGAGAGUUACCAACUCCUUGAUGACAAAUUCAUAAAAUAGACAAGUGUAACAAUCUUCAGCAAAAGUGUAGAACACAAUUUAUGUACCCUUAUUAAUAUACAAAAUGGCAUAUUGUUAAAUUUUAUUUAAUGAGAUUUCAUGUGCAGCUACAUGUAAAAUAAAAUGGCCAUGUAUUAGUAUAUUUUUUGUAUAAUGAUAUAUUUUUAGUAUUUAUAAUAGUGCUAGAUUUUGUUGUUUAUAAGUUGAUAUUAGAAUAAUGUAUAUAAUGUAUAUAUUAUAGUUUAUAAAAUAAAGGAACAGUGUACACUACGCUUUUAACAACAGCAAAAGGUUCAUACUACUACCACUACCACUACUACUACUACUACUACUAGAGGGUUUUCAGAAGGUGAGGGGGGGGGACGGGUGCUGCCCCCACUUGGUUGUGCGAAGCCCAGCCCUCGGUGGGCGGACUGACGGGCACUCAACCAAGUCACCAACCGGAUCGUUUCGGAGUAAAUUACGACGGGGAACUUUGCCAUUUUUAAGUAUUUUUGUUCUCCUUUCCAGCGAGAAUAUAUGUGGCAAAAAAAUUUUCGCCACCGCGCCUGCACUACUACUACUACUGCUACUACUAAACCCAAUUUUAACGGUUUUCUUUGAAAUAACGUCCUUAGCUUGUUUUUGUAUGUAAAAUCUAGUCAGAUAAAAUUAAAACCAAUAUUAUCCCCGGUUGAGAGUUGCAAUGAUUUCAAAAUCAUUUUUAAAAUGUAUAUAAAUAAGACCUUUGCUGAAAGACAAAACCAUAAUAAAAGAGAUCAUGUAUUAUGGCAAAUUUCAAAACUAAUAAAGGUAAAAAAAAAAAAAGAUCUGAAGAACUUCAUAUUUUUUAAGACUCAUGCACCAACAGAGGUAAUUAUGUUUUACACUGUUAAAUUAAUACUAAUAUUUUGCACUAUGAAUAUUACUGAAAUAAAAUCAUUUUGAUAUAAAAUCUAUA